CCAAAUCCAACAAAGAGAACAAGACUUGGCCCGACCCCCCCAGCCAAGAAGAGAAGCAGAAGCCCGGCCCCCGGCCCGGGAGGAAAAGGAGCUGAGGUGAGGGGCGAGCCGCCGCCGCCGAAUCCGUCUCCUUCCGUCGUGUCGCUCAGGGAAUCCAAUCGAUCCAUCUCCUUCCACCAGGUUCCCUUCGCCCUCGUUCCUCCUCUCUCUUCUGCGACUGUGCCGCUCCCGUCCAGGUGCCCUGCCGCCGGAGCCCCAUGAAGACCAAGGCAUCCGCCAGCAAGAACGCCGCCGAGGAGGAUGAGGUAGAGCCCAAGAAGAGCCGGUCCUCACGCAGUAACCGCCGCCGAAGACACCGCAACCGCUCCUCCUCCGAUUCUGAAUCCCCGCCGCACAAGCGCUCCAAGAAGCAUAGUAAGAGGAUCACCAAUAAGAAGAGCAAAAGGAGCAAGAUUAGCAGCAGCAGCAGCAGUCGACGCCACCGUCGUAGUCAUAGCCCAAGCCGUAGCCUCAGUAGCAGCAGCAGCAGCAGCAGCAGCCCUUCCUCGAUGUGCAGCAGCAGCGCCUCUGAGAGGUCAGUGAGCCCAGCGCCUAGGAGCAGGUCCAGAGAUGUUAGGAAGAAAAAAGGGAGGGGGAGGGACAGAGAGAGGGAUCGCAAGAGAAGGAAGGCACGGAGAUCGGCCAGUUCCUCAAGCACUUCAGCAAGUAGUGGCAGUAGCCGUAGCAGGAGUAGGAGCAAGAGCAAGCGCAGGAAGCGAAAGACUGUUGCUGGCACCUCAAGUGAUAAGAUUGAAAUAGAUUAUAACAAUCGCCAUGACUCCCAGUCUGAGAAGCACAUGGCUGAGGAUGAUGGCACGGAUGAAAACAAACUUUCUAUUGCCAAGAAAAAAGAACAUGAUAUCGACAGUUACAAGAAGAAUUUGGAAUUGGAUAGCCCACCUCCAAAGAAUGCUAAUGAAACACAAGAGAUGGCACCUGCUGGUGGUGGAAAUUCAGAUGCUGAGGAUCUAGAGCUGAUUCUCAGGCAGAAAGCUCUUGAGAACUUCAGAAAGUUCAGGGCAGCAGGGGUUGCGGCAGGCAAAACAGGUACCAAUGGAGCUACAGGGAAGGAAGCACUGAUAGAUGACCCACAGAGUGCUGGUACAGAAAUUGCUGAAGCAAGGUCUUCUGCUGUUACCCAUUUCCAGAAGCAGGGAAGCAACCUUGUAAUGAAAAAUCCUGCUAGGCCACCUAGAUCAGAGGAUUAUGGGAAUGGUACAAGUCAUUCUUGGAAGCAGGAAGGCAGUGCUGGGAUGAGUAGUGGGGCUGCAUCACCUGGAAUACUUGAGGAUGGUGAUACCGGUGGUCCAACUCAACAGAAGGGAAGAACAGAGGAGGCAACUCAUUCAAAUUGUCAGUUUAGGUCACCACAGGAUGGUAGGAACAGUCUUAGUGUAUUGCAAAGGUUGGGGAGUACUCCAGGGAGUUGUGCUAGUGUAAAUCAAAGGUUAGGAAGCAAUGCAGGGGUGAGUCAUGUGAAUGGAGCUCCAAGGGUUAGAUCAGUUGUGAGCAUACCAACCAGGGAAGGUCUAGAUGGUAGUACAUAUACCACACCCCCUAAGCCCAGUGAGAAUUCUGCUCCUGUCGAAAGCACUAGCGAUGUUGGGCGCCCUCUGAUUGACAUUAACAAAGCCGAAAGAACCAAUGGAGAUGACAGAAAGACAAGUGAAGCUUCAGCCUCUAACGGCUAUAUUUUGCCACCUGCUGAGGGCAAGAGCCAGGCUAGGACUGAGGAUAAAGAUGGUGCUCAGUUUCAGAAGAAGACUUUCUCUAGAAUGCAUGAUGGAGAGACGGUAGAGGUCAGCUACAAAGUGUACAUACCAAAGAAAACUCCGGCCCUUGCAAGGAGGAAACUGCAGCGCUGAAAACGUCAAGAAAAUCAUCAAUAGUUCUCAUUACUUUACUGUCUCCAACAUAGCUUUUAGCUGUGUGUAACUAUUUUCUUCUAGCACAAGUCCACCACCGUAUACUAUGCCUUCUGGAUAUAUUUUCCCACACUGAGAUGACCCCAAGUUGCAGUUUUGCUGGUCGACAGAAGCCUGGAUAUUUGUUAAAACAAGAUGUAUUUGUUGUCGAACUGAAUAAAACGGUUGUACUCUGCCGAAUCAACAUAUUGAGCUGUUAGCAGUUUAUGUAGGAAAGCUAUUUAUUUUUUGGUAUUGGACCCUUGAAAUCUGCAAACAUGCUGCUCAGUUGGUUACUUGGUUAUUGCUUCUAUUAACUAUUGUUGUUGCUUUGCUGCAAA